AAGGGACAGUUCGUUUCUCUGACCACAACGCUCCCAACAAGGAAGCUCAUUUGCCUCAAAACUAUAUUAAAGAAAACAGUACAGCUGUGAAGCAUAGGCUUCUUGUUCAUGUUUUUAUAAUUUGCAUAUAUCGUAUUCUGCGGGGCUCUUAAUUUAAAAUAACAUGGUCAUUAAGCAGGCUACUGUUUACUAUACGGUGAUUUUAUAAUUGCACGAUAUGUGGAUGUGCGUUUAACAAUGUUAAUGAAUGAUCACGGUAGGCAUGUAUGUGCAUGCCUGUGCAUGCCUGUGAGCAUCUUUACUUAAACACAUGAGGUUUUAUUAUAAUAAGUAGCCUACAGUGACAAUAUGUGGCCUCAUGUUCAUUUUCCCUGGCUAAAUUAGUGGGAGGCAUGAGUAAUUUGUUUGCUUUGCACAGUCCAUUCUUUCUACCCCUGUUGGCUUAAGCUGCCAGCUUUCCUGGCCGCUUGUGCCUCAACAUGUGAAAAUAAUGGAUUGAUCAAAUUCCCAAGGCCAGGACCAUUCAUGCAGAACAAUAACAACACUGGACAGUGCAGCAGCAUGGGUCUUCUGCUCAAAUACAUAUUUCCCAGCUACUCAGUACUGAGUGUGUGCUUGUGGGCGUGGUGGGGCAGUUUCCCAGGCAUUGACCUGACUGCAGUGCCUCUCUCUACACACACACACACACACACACACACACACACACACACACACAGAGAGAGCUAGAGUGCGGUCCCAUUGAGGGGCCCUGUCCUGGUGUAGUCUGGGAGUUCUAUAGAACCUCUGCAUUUACCGCUCUAAUAAACACAGAUCAGCUCUAACUGUCAUAGACAAUCCGAAGACACAAUUCAUAGUCCAAUCAAAUGUGACUUGGGUAGUUCCCCCAUUUCAGAUAAGCAUGGCACAUAGUGAACUCAUCCAAUGGUCCGUUUCUACAUGGCACCUGUUAAAGGAGUUGUAUUCUGGAUAGUUGCACAUGUUAAAUAAACCACAAGUAAGCCAAAUAAGUUAUUUGGAUCAACAUUUGGAUAAUGUUUACAAUCUGAAAGCGUCUUAGAGUAUGUUUUUCUUGUACAGCAGUGAACAAAAUGCUGUAACAGAUACCUGACGCAGUAAAGGACACUAAAUAAGGCCUAUUGACUUCUCUCUGAGUGGCAGAAAUAUGCUUAGCUGCAAUUACUCCGCCUCCAUCGCUCUCAAACUACUUCUGUUCUUGUCUCCAUGUUUCUGGAUCAAGCAUCUUAUCAGAUCUCUCUCGUUAACCAUUAACACCUGGGGGUGAAUCAGACGCCACCACCCAUCCAGCCGAAACCACCACCACACAAUCUAGGAUCAAUUUAGCCUUUUAUAUCAUAAUGAAUAAGAGGGGGGACCUGAUCCUAGAUCUGCAUUCCUUCUCCGAGACACUUUAUGAAUAUGGGCCCAAAUUUAUAAUGUAAGUUUAUCAGCAUUUUUUUUUAUCAGAGGUUUCUUUUUAAGGGCACCUCUCGCCUCAUUUAACGACUGACAAGUAUGUUGACUAGCCUUUUAGGUAAUAUACUACAUUAUCUCAUGUUUACAUAGUCCAGCUUCUUAAAAUAAUUUUGCAUUAUAAGGUAUUAUCAUAGUCCUUAUCCUGACUCACAAUAUAAAAAACAUAUCAACUACAAAACCUAAAUCAAGAUUACAGCAUUGAGGAAAACAGGGUUUGAUUUGAUUAUCCCCACAGGUAGCAAUAUGUAAUGAUUAAACGCUGACUCAGGCUUUAGGGCCAAUCCUGCUAUCCCACCGGCCUGAGGAGGACUUGGCUGGUUGGCACACCAUCAGGCAGCACAACGUGCCAAUAAGGCAGCCUGAGCCUUGGAUUCAAAUCACCUGAUUUACAAGCCAAGAUUUAGACCUAUGGCAAAUGGAGGCUUUGAUAAGUUAUUUUCACCGUUUUCAAGUCUAUCCCAACAGAUGUCAGGCCACACCAGCCAAUCUGUAGUUUCAUAUAAAGUUGACCGGGUUCCGGUACUGUGAGUGAAGGCCCGUGUCUGUUAAUGAUUCUUUCUCUGACUGGGCCAGGUGUUUACUUCAGACAUGAUCCUUCGCUUGUGUUCAACCACACCCUGAUGAAUAGUCUGGCUGACACCAGCUCUUACUCUUCGCUGUGUAGUCACGUGGGUCGCGUCCGCCAGGCUAGUUCCCCUCCCAUAACACACUGCAAAGUAAUUACCUUAAAUAGCCUUUAGUCUUUACAUUCAGAUUGCCCAAGCCUGAUUCACGUGCUUGGGUUUGUGUCUUGUAUUUCCACUUGUUAGAUUGUUAGAUGCUUAGGAGAUUUAAGGUUAACAAGGGAGGUAGUGUUCAACUAAACAAUGCAAGAACUUUAUAGAAACAUAUGUAAGCAGACAGGAUGUAAGCAUCUAUAAUAAGGUUUACAGUUCAUGUAUGCAUAAUCUUCUUAUGACAUUCACAUUUCAUACAUUCUGGCUAGUGACUACAGUACUCAACACUAAUACUACAGUACUCAACAUUGUGAGAAGAGAAAUAGUUGACAAUAAGUUGUGACUCAUUUUUAUCUAUAACCUUGAACGAGUCCAGUAAGCCUGCCAUUUGCUGUCAUAUCUUGCAAGUGUGUGUGACGAAGGGUCAAAUGGGGUUGAAAGUAUAUGUGCAUGUUGAUACUGUAAGCAUCAUAAAACUAUUAGACAUAAUGGCAGAUAUAUAUUUUAAUUAUUUCUUAUUGACAAAAUCAAUAAUGUUUGUAUCGUCAUUUAAAAAAAACUAUUUGUUCUUAACUGCCUGGUAAAAUAAACGUGUUUCUUAUUUGCACAUAAGAAAAUUGGCCUGAGAAUUCCUCAGCCCAAUUUUCUAAAGUAAUCAUGAAUAUGCAGUACAUGGUGUCCCUCUCAACAAACAUGUUUUUUAUAGUGAGCUCAAGGAGGUAUUUAAGCAAUAAGGCCCGAGGGGGUGUGGUAUAUGGCCAAUAUACCACGGCUAAGGGCUGUUCAUAAGCACGAUGCAACGCGGAGUGCCUGAAUACAGCCCUUAGCCGUUGUAUAUUGACUAUAUACCACAAACCCCAGAGGUGCCUUAUUGCUAUUAUAAACUGGUUACCAAUGUAUUAGAUAAGUAAAAAUAACUGUUUUGUCUAAAAGUGUGUACGGUCUGAUAUACCACGGCUGUCAGCCAAUCAGCAUUCAGGGCUCGAACCACUCAAUUUAUAAUUCCUUUUAACCUAAUCCUGAAGGAGUUUUUAAAUAAAGUGAGAAGGCAGGCCCAGACUCACAGAGUAGAGCAGAGGGAGGGUAACGUGCACCAGCUUGGCUGUCUGCACCUUUAGCGUUCUCAGUUAGAACACUCUGUAGACUCUCAGAAACACUUUUAUUUUAUACCUUUUAUUUAACAAGACAGUUCAGAACAAAGUCCUUGGUUCUGAGCACAACAGACCUUAGCUAGCUGCUUUCAUACUUGAACAUAACACACACUCUGUACAGCCAGGACAUCAAACCCCCAGGACCACCAGAGAAGAUCAUCUUUCUGAUGGACCUCCAGAUGAUGCUCCUAGAUGUGAUCUACUUUAUCCUGCAUGGCCGUCGUUGGCGAGCUUGUCCUCAUCACAGGGUCAGGGGGCGCCUUGGGACGUCUCUUCGCCCUGGAGUUCACCAAACGCGGGGCAGUGGUGGUGCUAUGGGACGUCGACGCUAACAACAACGAGGAGACUGCCAGGUUAGUGAGGGAGGCGGGGGGCAAGGCUUACCCCUACAGGGUGGACGUGACCAACCGGGUGGAGGUGUACCGCACGGCGGACGAGGUGUGGACGGACCUGGGCCGUAAUGUCACCAUUCUGGUGAACAACGCCGGGGUGGUUGCCGGGGAACGGCUGAUGGACUGUCCGGAUGAGCUGGUGGGGAGGACCAUGAAGGUCAACUGUCACACCCUCUUCUGGAUGACAAAGGCCUUCGUUCCCCAGAUGAAAGAGCAGAACCAUGGACACAUCAUCACCGUCGCCAGCAUCCUGGGUCUCUUCAGCACUGCCUGUGUGGAGGAUUAUUGCAGGGUGGGCUUCCACGAGUCCCUGGCCCACAAGUUGCUGACUGAGGAAUUUGAUGGAGUCAAGACCACUCUCGUGUGUCCCUAUAUUGUCGACACGGGCAUGUUUGAUGGGUGUAAGAUCCGGGAUGUGGUAGCGCUGUUCCUGGCACCGCUGGAGCCUGAGUACUGUGUGGAGCAGGCCAUGAACGCCAUCCUGAUCGACCAGCCGAUCUGCAUCCCACGCCUCACCUACCUGCCCGUCAUCUCCCGAGCGUGAGUACACAUAUUGAUUGAAUAAACUUUAUUGAUCACCCACUCACUUCGACUUCGCUAGCUCCUUGGAGCGGUGCAGAGCGUCUCGACAUCUGUCUCUCCAGCUGGGGCCAGUUGUACUCUUAGAGGGGCCAGUUACAUUAGAUGUUAUUGUUGUCAUAUCGUUUUCUUCACUGCAUUGCAGGCAUUA